AUGGUGCCUGUUUUCUUUUGCACUGAGGUAGAAAAGAACAACGCUUGCAAGAAGCUUUUGCAUGAACACUGGCCCAACACCUGCCUCGCAUCAGAUAUGUUUGAUCUGCUGAAGACCAUCCCUGCGUCGGCCAAGGGCAAGGCGUGGUCACCACGAAAGCUGAAGCUGGCAAAGGAUUUCAAUUGUUACGCCCACAGCAAAAAGAUGGGGAAGAAAGAUGGCUUUGCAAACCCUUUGACAAAACAGCUUCAUGAUAUCAGCACAGCAAUGAUUCCAAGAACCAAGCUGGCAAUCCAUGAGAAUGUCACAGAAUAUGCAGAAGAUGAGUACUUAAAGGAAGAGACCGGCUUUAUCGUUCAGAAGACAGAGCUAUCUCCGCGCUUGUUUGGCGAGCCUACAAAUCGCAACCGGGCAUGGCGGAUUCUUUUCGAUCCUGAGAAGGUCUUUUGGAACUGCAUCUACACCUUCAAAGAGCUUACUAAAAUAUUCCUUGUUCCACAUGGGUCACCGUUGCGAGUGAGCCCAUUGAUAUUUCUUACUGCAACAGAGAAGGAAAUCAAGGUCCAUUCCAAAAUGCUAGAGGACCUCUCACCCUCAGAAGCUUACCAUUUGAACAAAUUCAUGGAACAACGGCCGAGCAAAGGGUUCUAUGACCUAUCAUCAAACCCUGACCAUCGACGGCGGACAGAAACCUCAGACGGUGCUCUCAUGACACUCACAACGAAUACUCACAUUUGGUCUUGUGAGAAGGAACGCAUGCUCACGGCAAAGGAAAUGUUGGCUACGCUGGGGUACCCCUGUCGAGCAACGAUGGCCAAUCAACUUCAGACUGAUGCUAGACUAGACUUUACCCAGCGCAUACUUUCAUCCAAUUUCAUUUUCCCUUGA